CCUGCUUUUCCUAAUUACCUGGCCUUUUAAGGACUUGUUUCCCUGCUUUUUAGACCUUGUUUGUAUCUGUCUGAAACAAACUUUUCUCCUCUCUCAACCCACCACUUAGAUCAAGACAAUCAAGAGGCAUGUUUGGAUCUCCAGAGACAGAAAGAUUAGAUGAGAUAGCGAAGGCCAAAUCAGAAGGAGAAGCAGCUUCUCAAAUGGGAAGGAGACAUUUUUAUGGUCCAGCUUCAGGGACAACCUUGAACACAGUAACCCCUUGUGCUGCAUGCAAGCUUCUGAGAAGAAGGUGUGCUGAAGAAUGCCCUUUCUCCCCUUAUUUCUCACCUCAUGAGCCCCAGAAGUUUGCAGCUGUUCACAAAGUGUUUGGUGCAAGCAAUGUUUCCAAGAUGCUAAUGGAGGUACCUGAAGGGCAAAGAGCUGAUGCAGCAAAUAGCAUGGUUUAUGAAGCAAACUUGAGGUUGAGAGAUCCAGUGUAUGGAUGCAUGGGUGCAAUUUCAGCUUUGCAGCAACAAGUUCAAUCAUUGCAAGCAGAGCUACAUGCAGUGAGAGCUGAGAUACUAAAAUACAAAUACAGAGAAGCUGCUUCUCUGAUUUCUUCUCAUCAUGCUGCUUUAGUUUCAUCUGUUGUUGAAGCAGCAUCAAUGCCUGCACCAAACUCAUCACAAAGUCUUUCUCAACCUCAUCCUCCUCCAUCACCUGCUCCUCCUCCACCACCAAGACCACUACCUUCACCUUCUGUGGUCCUUUCAUCAUUGUCUUCAUCUUCAGCUUCUUCUCUUUACACUCCACCUAAAAGCACAAUGAGCCAUGGAUCCAUUUCCAGUGAAAAUGUCACAUACUUUGUUUAGGUCCAGUUAAUUGUUAAUUUCCUAUUCAUCAUUUGCUGUAGGAAUAAUCAAGAUUUAUUUUCUCAUCAUCAGAGUAGAAUGUAUCACUUGAGCAUAUAUAUCAGGGAUCAUAUCUUAAUUUCUUUUUAUCCUCUUUAUGGAAAAGGGAGAUGCCAUUACAUUCAUAUACUUUUAGUGAUAUUUUCUACAACUUUUUUUCAUAUGCUUUUUGCAUAAACAUUGUUAUGAUUUUUAUUUUUAUACAAUUUCUAUAUUGAUGC